AUGACUGUAGGCAAGGACGUGUCCAUGCUGUUCACAGAUGUUGUGAACUGCAUGCAGACUGAGAACCUGGAGCUGAAGAAGCUUGUCUAUCUGUACCUCAUUAACUAUGCCAAGAGCCAGCCGGAUCUUGCCAUCCUCGCCGUCAACACAUUUGUGAAGGACUCGCAAGAUCCGAAUCCGCUCAUUCGGGCCUUGGCGGUGCGAACAAUGGGUUGCAUUAGGGUUGAUCGUAUCACGGAGUACCUGUGUGACCCACUGCAGCGAUGCCUGAAGGACGACGACCCGUACGUUCGGAAGACCGCAGCAAUCUGUGUGGCCAAGCUCCACGACAUCAACGCAGAGCUGGUCGAGGAUCGUGGUUUUCUAGACAUUCUGCGGGAUAUGAUCUCUGACAGCAAUCCCAUGGUAGUGGCCAACGCAGUUGCCGCUCUGUCCGAAAUUCAAGAAGGCAGCAGCAAGCCUGUCUUCGACAUCACGCCUAAUACAGUCUUCAAACUGCUUGCUGCACUGAACGAGUGUACCGAGUGGGGACAGGUUUUCAUCUUGGAUUCACUUUCCAAAUACAAAGCACGUGAUGCUCGUGAAGCCGAGGGGAUUGUGGAACGCGUUACUCCUCGCUUGCAGCAUGCGAACUCAGCCGUUGUCCUUUCUGCUGUUAAGGUCAUUUUGAAAGCUGUUCGUGCUAUCGGCCGGUGUGCCAUCAAGCUUGAGAAGGCUGCAGAGCGAUGCAUCAAUGUCCUCUUGGACCUUAUCAAGAUCAAGAAGCCUCCUUCAGCCUUUGUCUCUCGUCUCCGCUCUGCUGUGCCAGCAUCAGCAACUGAGCCGUCUGAAGAGUAUGAAGAGUCAUCUGCUCCUGUUUCAGGAGGAGCUCCUCCUUCAGCUGCACCACCAGCUGCUCCUGCUCCAUCCCCUGCUCCUGCUGCUCCUGCUCCUGCAGCUGCUUCUGCCCCACCUGACCUUCUUGGUGACCUUAUGGGUCUGGAUGCUGCCAUAGUUCCUGUGCCUGAGGCGCCUUCUGGACCUUCUCUUCCAGUUCUUCUAGCAGCGUCAGCUGGGCAAGGGCUGCAGAUCAAUGGUCAACUGGAGCGCAAGGAUGGCCAGGUGGUUUACCGUGUCAAGCUUGACAACAACUCCAGCACAUCUUUGGAUGGCUUUAUGAUGCAGCUGAAUAAAAACUCCUUUGGCAUAUCUGCUCCAGCUGGCGUUUUACCUGUGCCACCUCUGCAACCAGGUGCAUCAGCAACAGCUGACCUGCCAUUGACCCUCUUUCAAAACGCGUCUCCUCCUCCUCCAUCGUCAGUCCUCCAAGUUGCGGUGAAGAACAAUCAGCAGCCAGUUUGGUAUUUCACUGACAAAAUCAGGGUGCAGGCAUUCUUUACUGAAGAAGGGCGCAUGGAACGUGGAGUGUUCCUUGAGACAUGGAAGGCGCUUCCGGAUUCCAACGAGGUAUCCCGUGAUUUGGGCAUAACAAUCGGGAACAUUGACUCUGUCUCAGAAAAGCUGGCCUCCAACAACGUCUUCUUUGUGGCGAAGCGACACAUUAAGGACACCAACCAACACAUCCUUUACCUUUCGGCAAAGCUGGCCCCGUCCAUCCCCAUUCUUCUGGAGAUCACGUUCUUGCUCGGUGUUGCUGGCACGAAGUGUGCCAUCAAGACACCAAGUCCUGAGUGGGCACCUCUUGUCUUCGAGGCGGUUGAGAACAUUCUCCAGUAA